AUGACCCAGCAGAGCCCCCUUGAACGGGAGCCCCCUUGUCCCAUCCCUGGGGUGACCCCGCUGUGUCCCCUCCCAGACCAUUCUCCUGUCCCCGUCACCGUCACCGCGGCCAUCGGCGAGGACGCCUGCUUGCCCUGUGGCACCCAGCCCUGGGCUGACCUGCGCGGGGUCACCCUCAGCUGCACCCACCAGGCUGGUGGCCACCACGCUGUCCCCGUCCUUAGCCACCGCCUGGGCUCGCAGCCGCCGCCCCCCGAGCCGAGCUGGCAGCCCCCCGUGCAGCCCGACAGCCGCUUUAGGGGCAGGGUGGCUUUCUGCGCCGCGGGGACCGCCGACAGCGACAGCGGCGUGUCGCUGCUGCUGAGGAACCUCAGCCACGCCGAUUUCGGGAAUUAUUCCUGCUACGCCUCCCGAGCCGCGGCCCCGCAGCUCCUCUGCUCGCUGCUGCUGCAGCCCGCAGUGGCAGGGGUCCCCGGGGCCGCCGAGCCGGACAUGCUGAUGGUGAUUUGUGUCCUCACGGCCGCCUUCACCGCGGUGGCCAUCGGGGUCAUGGUGUGUGCCCGCUGCCAGGGGCACUGCUGGGGGCGCAAAGGUGGGUCCGGGGGCACAGGGGGGCGCAGGGGGGUGUUGGGAGUGGCGGCCGCCGCCGGGCCCCUAGGGGAUGAUUUCUCCUUCGUGAGCCCGGUGGCCAAGUACGUGCUCUUCUUCUUCAACCUGCUCUUCUGGGUGAUCUCCAUGGUGAUGGUGGCCGUGGGGGUCUACGCCCGGCUGCUGAAGCACGCAGAGGCGGCCAUGGCGUGCCUGGCGGUGGAUCCUGCCAUCCUCCUCAUCAUGGUGGGCGUCCUCACCUUCCUCAUCACCUUCUGCGGCUGCGUCGGCUCCUUGCGGGAGAACAUCUGCCUGCUGCAGCUGUUCUCCAUCUGCCUGACCAUCAUCUUCCUCCUGCAGCUGGCGGUCGGCGUGCUGGGCUUUGUCUUCUCUGAUGAGGCACGUGGGAAGGUCAGCGAGAUCAUCAACGGGGCCAUCGUGCAUUACCGGGAUGACCUGGACCUGCAGAACCUCAUCGAUUUUGGGCAGAAGGAGUUCAGCUGCUGUGGGGGUGUCUCCUACAAGGACUGGUCCCAGAACAUGUACUUCAACUGCACGGCCACCAACCCCAGCCGCGAGCGCUGCGCCGUGCCCUUCUCCUGCUGCCUGCACGACCCUCAGCAGGCUGUCAUCAACACCAUGUGUGGCCACGGGAUGCAGGCCAGGGGCUACCUGGAGGCCAGUGCCUUCAUCCACACCAACGGCUGCAUCGACAAGCUGGUCAACUGGACCCACAGCAACCUGUUCCUGCUGGGGGGCAUCACCCUGGGGCUGGCCCUGCCCCAGCUGGUGGGCAUCAUCCUGGCUCAGCUCCUCAUCAACCAAAUCCGCGACCAGGUCAAGCUGCAGCUCUACAACCAGCAGCACCGUGCAGACCCCUGGUACUGAGCCGGGGUGUCCGGGGCCAUUCCCAGAUCCCGGAUCAGAGAGACCUUAACUCACUGGCUGCACCCCGCGGGGAGAGCCCCAGGGGCUCCGCUGGACAAGAGGAGACUCCGGUGCUGGGCUCGGCCUGGAGGUGCUGACUGGAGCAUGGCUGAGAAUCGCAGUCUGUCCGUCCGUCCGUCCUGCUGUCGCACGGGGAUGUGCCUCCUCUCUCCGCUGGAGAAGGACGUUUGUCUGUCUGUCUGUCCGUCCGUCUGUUUGCACCGAGCUGCCUUCUCGCCCAGACUGCCGCCAUUCCCCUGACGGCCGGGUGCCCGUGUCGGUGUCGCUGGGUGCGGGGACAGCACCCCGGGGUGCUGAGUGGGUGCCGGGCUGUGCCACUGGCAGGGGGA